UUCAGUUUUUCAAGUCGGUUGGUUGGUGUUGUCUCGUCCCGUCGGAACAUUUUCAUUAUACAAAUUUGUUUCGAUUGCAAGGGAACAAAAGUGAUCAUCUACUGCAAUCUUCAAUCAACUAUUUUCCCCUUAAUCUUCAAAGCCUAGACCUCUAGAUUUUCUCUAGCCCUUGACAAUAAUUCUUUAUCAUAACAAACUAUAUUAAAAUGGCGUCUAUGCUUUGCAAUAAUUUAGUUCGCUUUAAUCGUCAUGGAGUUACGGCCGUUCAAAAAAUUAAUAAUUUCUUCACCUACUCCAAUGAGUUAUCUCAUCCCCUGGACAGGAAGCCACCAAUUGUGUCUGCCAAAGAAGCAGUUGCAUGCGUAAAACCAGGCAACUUGAUCUUCUGCAGCGGUGCAGCAGCAACUCCAAAUGCUCUUAUUUCCGCAUUGGUGGAGAACAGUGACCAACUUAAAGAUGUAACAUUUUGUCACAUGCAUACCGAAGGUCCCGCUGGGUAUGUGGCACCAGAUAAAGCAAAUAUUUUCCGUUCUGCGUCGUUUUUCAUGGGCGGCAACGUUCGCAAAGCUGUUGCUGACGGACGCGGCGAUAAUAUGGCUAUCUUUUUGCAAGACAUUCCUCAAUUGUUCGUUAGGAAAAUCUAUCAACCCGAUGUAGCCUUCAUCCAUGUUUCGCCCAUAGAUCAACAUGGUUAUUGUUCGUUAGGAACAAGUGUGGAUUGUGUUCGAGCUGCAUUACAGCACUCGAAAAUUAUCGUAGCUCAAAUAAACAAAAAAAUGCCUCGAACAUUUGGUGACUCGAUUAUUCAUUCAUCGCAUUUUGAUUUCGCUGUUGAAAUUGAUGAACCAUUGCCAUGUCAUGGUAGUAAAAAACCAACAGAGGUGGAAACUAAAAUUGGAAAAAUAAUAGCCGAAAAUUUGGUGGAAGAUGGAGCAACUCUUCAAAUGGGUAUUGGAAGCAUUCCAGAUGCUGUUCUCAAUGCCCUACACGGCCACAAGGACCUAGGUAUUCAUUCAGAGAUGUUUGCUAAUGGUGUUGUGGAUUUGGUGGCAAAGGGCUGUGUUACCAACUCCCAAAAGAAAACGCAUAAGGGUAGGAUCGUGGGAUCUUUCCUUAUUGGAGACCAAAAACUAUACGACUUUGUAGAUAACAAUCCAUUUAUUGAAAUGCUAACAAUUGACUAUGUCAACGGCACUAACGUUAUUCGUCAACUUCCAAAGAUGACUGCCAUUAACUCCUGUAUUGAAGUUGACUUGACCGGUCAAGUUUGCUCUGACUCUAUCGGAACACGAUUUUACUCUGGAUUUGGUGGCCAAGUUGAUUUCAUUCGAGGUGCCGCCGAAGGAACAGAUGGACGAGGUAAACCAAUCAUUGCAAUGCCGUCGAUAACAAACAAGGGUGAGAGCAAGAUUUCACCUAUUCUGAAGCCAGGUGCUGGAGUUGUAACUUCAAGGGCUCAUGUUCACUAUGUUGUCACCGAAUUUGGUAUUGCUUCGUUGUUCGGAAAGACUAUGCGUCAACGUGCACACGCAUUGAUUCAGGUCGCUCAUCCUAAUCAUCGUGAAGCUUUAGAAAAAGCUGCAUUUGAACGAUUGCACCAAAUGCCAUCGCCUUAAAUUAACUCCUUUUCUUUUUCAUAAAUAUUAUGUUUAAAAUGUUUAAACUUUUUUGUGAAUUUUGUAAAAAAGAAAAAAGUUUUUAUUUGCAUUUGUACAGACGAAGUCGUUAUAGGAU